AGUGAUUAGAUAAGCUAUCUUGCGCUGGUGCUGAUUUCAUGGCGCCUCUGUCCCGGGGCUAUCAGCUGGCUGCGAAUGCCGGCGCAGUCCAGAGAGUUCAGCGCCAAAGAGGCAGCACCAUCGCCCUUUGCAGAUGAGGCUCAGGAGUGGGAGACCAAGUCGGAUAGCUCUACGCCCAAGUCGGGCAAGGAGGAGGGGGAGAGCGAGUCUGAUGAAGGCCUUGCCCUUCACAAGAAUCCAAGGGAUCCCUUUGACGUGGGGGCAACUCCCUCCACAGUGCCACGCCAAUGCACAGACAUUGGUUGGCUUCUGCUGUACGUCGCCUUCAGUGCGGUGGUUGUAUAUGUGGGUGUCUAUGCCUGGCCGCGAAGGCACCCAGGAUACCUCUUAAAGCUUGCGGACUGGCAGGGGGAGAAGUGCGGCCUUGGGCACAAUCAGAAUGUGUCCUUCCUCUAUUUCUGCUUAAAAGACGAUGAUCCAACACGAACCCAACUGAACAUGAUGUAUCCGAUCUGUGUGUCAGACUGUCCUCUUAAAGCCAAGGAGGAGGUGUUCUUGUGCCCAAGGAAUUUGAAGUUAGAGCCGCGACCAGAUGAGACAACGACCACGAGCUCUACAACGCUCCUCUACCAGCGAAUUACUGAGGCCGAACAGGGAGGCUACACUAGCCAUAAAGCCUAUGGGUGGUCGGACACGCCAUAUCCAGGUCCACGAAGCCCCUACAUGCCGGAGCUGCACCCAGUGGGUGAGGGCUUCACCCCUUACUGGCAGCCGGCCGACGUGGCAGCUGGAGGCUCAGCUGUGCACCUUCUGAGUGUGGAAGACCGGAAAGCCCAGAAAGCAGAAUGGAAAGCCGAGAAAGCAGAACGGAAAGCCGAGAAAGAACGUCGGCGGGAACAGAAACGCGCUAUCGAAGAGCUAGACUGGGGUGCAGGAAGCCCGGAACCCAACUAUGAGCUUCCCCCAGGUGCGAAGGAAUCCUGGUUCAAGCCAGGCACAGGACGGAGGCUGGAAGCCACGCAGUAUGUGGAGCCGGAGAUUGAUCCAGACAACAUCGUCCACAGUGACUGGCGUGGGAACUUCACCUUGGUGCCAGUCAGCAGCUAUGCCUCAGCCACUUUUGUUGGCCUCGUGUGCAAGCCCUGGCCGCAGAACCUUGAGAUACAGGUGCAGGACUGGAUUGACAAGACGCCCUUGGUGAACACUUGGGCCACCCUGAUCAACUCCUACUGGCCGCUGCUGGUGGCAGCAGCUUCUGGUGUAAUCCUGAGCUAUGUCUAUAUCACCUUGCUGCGCUUCAGAGCCAGCAUGCUGGUGUGGGCUGGGCUUACCAUCCUCACGCUUGGGCCGCUGAGCACUGGCUUAUACUUCCUGUGGUGCUGGAAACGGGGUGAUGGGCAAUGCUGGGCCAGCACUGGCGACAAGUUGACAGAUGCUGGCACUGGCUUUGGAAUGACAUUGAUCGGCAUCACCUUCAUGACGAUCACAUGCAAUUUGGAGCAAGACGUGGAGCUGGCUAUCAAUUGCAUCGAAUGGUCCUGCAAGGCUGUUCUGGAGACGCCCUCGCUGAAGAUGGAGCCUGUUCUUGCCCUGACUUGCCGCGGAAUUGUUGACUUUGCGGCCUUAUGCCUCAUUGCAAUGAUACUGACGUCAGAUCUGCAAGACGACAAGAUCGCCGAAACGAGCUACCAAUCGCUCUUGCCACCUCAAGAUGAAACUCAGAUUACGAUGCUUGCGAUUGUGACAUGCUGGUGCCUUUGGACGAAUUGGAUCAUUACUGCAGUGGCUGAUUUUGUCAUCAUGUACACCACGGAGCUCUGGUUCUUCAACGGUGGCAUGCAGGGCCGAGGGCAUGCGCCCUGCUGCUCCAUUCUUCGAGGCUACUUCAUUUGCCUCAGAUACCAUUUCGGCACGGUGGCAAGUGGUGGUCUUAUCGUUGGAACAGCUCAGCCGUUCAGGAUCGUGCUUGGCGUCCUGUCUGGGGCGGUGCGCAUGGAGAGCAACUCAGUGUGCGCAAUCCUGAGCUGCUGCUGCAGCUUCGUGGUGGAGCUGUACGAAGUCUACCUGGAUCCCUUAUCUCGCAACGCCUAUAUGGACCUUGCGCUGAAUGCCCACAACUUCUAUGACUGUGCCUACCAUGCGGCGGACGUCAACGCUCAGCACGUGGACACGGUACACAUCCUUAACGGUGCUACCUGGCUCUUUCAGGUGGCUGGCUUGGGUGCUAUUACCUUUUUGGGCCAUAUGCAGACCUGCCUCAUCAUCAAGUACUAUCCAGGCUUUGAGGAUCGCUAUAGCCCAGACUAUGUGCAAAACCCUUUCUUUCUUUCAAUCUGUGGAGCGGUGGUGUCCUUUGUGAUGUCUUUUCCCUUUAUGAUGAUAUUUGACACUGUGUCUGACACCAUCCUCUUCUGUUGGAUUGUCGAGAAGAACAGGGAAGAGAAAGAUCCAGAGAUGACGCUGUUCCAGCGUGCCUGCGGCUUUGCGCAGACGGUUGACGAUUUGAUUGGAUACCAUUGCUUCUCCAAGCGCAAGGACAUUUUCAACAUGCCUGUGGCAGACCAGGAGGUGCCUUCUGAUCCGACAGGGCCGCCCAGCUUUUGAGAGCUUGCCUCAAGGUUGACGGGGGCGCCAAAAAGGCAAGCACCAUAGCUGGGCCUGGCAAAGUUCAUGGUGUCUGGCUGUGAUACUGCCCUUCAGCACUUAGAAGGGCCGGGAUGCUCAUGCCAUGCUUCGCCGGAUUUAGAGCGAAGUGCGGCUUGCACGUGUAGAUCGCCCACGUUUGCUUUUUCCGCUGGGAUGGUGAAGUAAUUGGGACAAACGUGUCACAGGACAUCCAAAACGAUACGUCCUGGUUUGUGUCGAUGUGUCAAUUGCGAACAUGCGCAUGGACAACAGACCCGCAACACAACAUAAGAC